GGAGAAAACAUUGAUCCACAAUUUUAGCUAAAUCUAAAAUUUGAUGAAGAGUCCAUAUAAUAUGACUGCAUUUUACUAUAACAGCAAUAUACUUCAGUUAUUAGUGAAGAAGAGGAACGUCAAGAGAUGAAGAACAGUAAUGUGGCAAUGGCGACGAACUCACUAACUGCGCACCUCGCAAUCGCAUUCUUUCUCUCUCUCUCCUCACCUCUAUUCUCCACUUCCAAUGGAGUCGCAGCUGAGCUCACUGUAAUCAGCACCACUCAUUUCCAAACACAGCAAAGUUGCUCAAAUUCCGACAACACUUUGGAUUGCGAAAUUCAGGAGAUGAAGUUCAAGGUUUCUCGAUUAGAACAUUUAGUGGAGAUGACUGGUCAAGAGGUACAGACUAAAAGCCUUUAUAUUGGAAAAUGUGAGGAGAAAAUUGAUGAAUUGAGUCAUACUGUUGUCCGCCUGGGGUCUGUUUUGUCCAACUUCAAGAAUCUGCCAGACUAUGAGGAAAUGAUAAAGGUUUUAGAAGAACAGGUACGAGAACUGGAGGCUGAUGUGAGGAGAAGUGACUUGGACCUUCACCUGUUAAAAGUCAGGGCAAAAGAAAGCGAAGAUUCAGUGGAAAGGAUUUCUUCACAAAUUAAAAUGAUGGCAAAAAUUGUUCCAGAACUCUGGUUUCAUAUUCAAAAGCUUGAGCAGGCUCGUGAAGUUAUAGAACGGCGGACGGCUGAGCUACGCAGGCACAUACGAAAUCAGAAAUGCUCUUUCUUCAAGCUUAUCAACAAAUUUCCUGGUAGUGACUAUCAGAAAAUGGUAGUUCCCUACACUUCAGAAGCUCUUAACCGACUAACAAGGUCAUGUUCAGCAAUCAAGAAGUACCAUCAUCAGUUGCAAGGCUAUGUUAAACGAGGGAUGGAGCAAAAUGAAUUCACUGUUGUUCUUGCCAGUGAAGAGUUGGUAUUCUUUCUGGUUUCUGUUUUAGUUGUUUUCCCACUCAUUCUUGCUCUGAGAUGGUUGUUAUCGGUGUUCUUUCUGGCUUCCUCUAUGGCUCAUUUCCUGUUUAUGCUUGCUGUGAGAUUGUUGACUUCGGUACCUUUUCUGUUAUUUCCUCCUGUCGUGCUUGCUUUGAGAUGAUUGUUGAUAUACAUUGGAGAUGACUCGGAACAAUGCACUUAUCAAAACAACCCUAGAAGAAACGGCACAGUUUUUGGCGAUGA